GUUUCACCCGGCUGGGCGCUGCGGCCGCGGUGGCCCUGGGUGACAGCAGCGCCGCGGAGCUGGCUACCCGGUCCCGGGGCCACUGCCGAUCUCGGUGGCGGAGCAGCAUCGCCCGGCGGGAUGGGAGGCGAGGCGACGGCCGAUGGUCCCCGGGGCCGUGUCAAGAGUCUGGGGCUGGUGUUCGAAGAUGAGAGCAAGGGCUGCUACUCCAGUGGCGAGACGGUGGCCGGGCACGUGCUGCUCGAGGCGGCCGAGCCCGUGGCCCUGCGCGGGCUGCGUCUGGAGGCCCAGGGCCGUGCCACCUCUGCCUGGGGCCAGAGCGCUGGGGCCAGGGUCUGCACCGGUGGCGCCGCCCCCGCCGCCUCCUCGGUGGUGGAGUACUUGAACCUGCGCUUGAGUCUGCUCCAGGCCCCUGCUGGUGAUGGCAUCACUUUAUUACAACCUGGAAAGCACGAGUUUCCCUUUCGCUUUCAACUUCCAUCUGAACCUUUGGCAACAUCGUUUACUGGGAAGUAUGGGAGUAUUCAGUACUGUGUGAGGGCUGUUUUGGAACGACCCCAAGUACCAGAUCAGAGUGUAAGAAGAGAGCUCCAGGUUGUCAGUCACGUGGAUGUCAACACACCACCCUUACUGACUCCUAUGCUGAAAACGCAAGAAAAAAUGGUUGGCUGUUGGAUUUUCACUUCUGGCCCCGUGUCACUGAGUGUCAAAAUUGAAAGAAAGGGCUACUGUAAUGGAGAAGCUAUUCCCAUAUAUGCAGAAAUAGAGAAUUGUUCAUCUCGUCUGAUUGUUCCUAAGGCAGCCAUAUUCCAAACCCAGACAUAUUUGGCUAGUGGAAAGACAAAGACAGUCCGGCACAGGGUUGCCAAUGUCCGAGGAAACCACAUUGGUUCUGGGAGUACGGACACAUGGAAUGGGAAGAUGCUGAAGAUUCCACCUGUCACUCCAUCCAUUCUGGAUUGCUGCAUUAUCAGAGUGGACUACUCCUUAGCUGUAUACAUUCACAUUCCUGGUGCUAAAAAAUUGAUGCUGGAGCUGCCCUUGGUUAUUGGUACGAUUCCGUACAGUGGCUUUGGCCGCAGAAACAGCAGUGUUGCAAGCCAGUUCAGUAUGGACAUGAGCUGGUUGGCGCUGGCACUGCCAGAGCAGCCGGAAGCACCACCAAAUUAUGCAGAUGUGGUAUCAGAAGAAGAAUUCUCCCGACACAUUCCUCCGUACCCUCAGCCCCCAGACUGUGAGGGAGAGACCUGCUACUCUAUGUUCGCCUGCAUACAAGAAUUCCGGUUCCAGCCUCCACCUCUUUACUCAGAGGUUGAUCCACAUCCUGGGGAUGCCCAAGAGUCCCAGCCUGUUUCCUUCAUUCUCUGAACAGACUCCAGAAUUCACUGUGUUGUUACUUACAUCGAAUAUUGGUUCUUUCACCUGCCUUGCUAUAGGAGAGAAAGUUAACUUCAGAAUAUCAAUGAACUUCAAAUCUGAAGGUGACAGAAAUGAAAGAAUAUGAGAACAUUUUAAUAGGCCAGUAGGAUGGUUAAAAAAGUUUAUAGGGUGGGGUCACUUGUCCCGUUUAAAAGUGGGUGGAAACAUGAGUUGAAAAACUGGAAGUCCUGGUGGUGGGAGAGGAAGUGAAAGAAUGCCCACACUGUUGGAGAGAGGAGUCUUAAGGAAUUGGAAUGUUGCUGGUGUAUGCUCUGACCAGGGCUCACACACAGUUGGGAACUUAGGGACUUGGUAGGAAGAUUUUAUGUAGGGGACAAGACAGCCUUGGAGUGAGUGUGAAUGAGGAGGUGGUCUAAUUUCAAUGCAAUUGAGGUCCCCAUGUUUUGGGGUCUUCAUGAUUUCUUAUGUUACCAGAGCAAGGAUGGAGGUCUUUGAAAGUAUCCUUUCUGGAUUCAGGGGUCAUGUGAGACCUGAUGAAGUGACAAUGUUUCCACUCUUUCGUGGGGAGGUUAAAAUGUACUUUGGAAAUUGGUUCUACUGUGUUAGGAAGCCUAGAAGGAAUUCCUUAAAAACUUCCCAUAUCAAAAGGAAAAAGAGUUCUCGCAUGAAAGUGUGUUGUGAAAGCCUGUACUUCUUACACCUUUAAGAACUUCUGCAGGAUAUAUGUUUGAUUUUCCUCAUCCCUUAUUUACCUAGGGAAUAUUAGAAAAAAAAAAAAAGAAGGGUAGGCCUGACAUCUUUAGGAUACCCGAUACCUACACAAAACAGAGUGUUUUCUUAUCCUACCUCUAGUGGCUUUGUCGGACCUGCUUUCAAAAGCCCAGGCCUGAUUGACCUCUGGAGCUUCUGCUGUAUGCACUUAGACUCCUCUCAGCCUGUCACUUGAUCUGAAACUAGAUCAAGGAAAAAUUCCAUGAGCUCAGCAUUAAAUAGAAAUAAAUAUGAACACCUAAGCUCUUAAAAGAAAUCCCAAAUCAAAAGAGGACAGGAGCACGCGUGAACUUGGUCCCUGUAAAGAGGCUUCAGUGGGUGGACGGCGAUUGCUGUGUUGUACAUUCUUAUUCUAGUUCGUUAGUAACUUCAUUUCAACUGUGAUUUCUUUGAAAAACUUGUUUGGUGCAAUAUUUUGUUGCCAUUGAGCCUCAGGAUAUUCAGACCUACAGGACUGUGUUGGUCAGCCGUGUCUUUACCAGCCUCCUCCCUCCUGUACAGGGUCACACCCUCAAUCUCUACAGUCUGAUGGUCCCAUGAGCUGAGAACAUUUCUGAUACCAGGUGGGAGGGAGAUGUCACAGUUGAGACCUGGACUGCCAAAUCCUAAGGGUUUACUCUAGAAACCCUGGUGCUUCCCAGGCAGAAUGUUGUGCUGCGUCCAUCAGGACGAUGGAUCGAUCUUUCAGUCACCUUGUUCUCUUAGAGGUAUCCUUCUAGAGUUAAGUUUUGUAUUCAAAAGUCAGUGGGCCAUUUGUUCAGGGACUUUUGUACCAAUAUUAGGUAAAUGAGAACUUGUCCCCUCUGAGCAUACCUCUCUCUUCUGUGGUCAUUUUAGUGUCAAACACAUGUAUUUCAUUGUAAGCCAUUGUCUACAAUGCCAAAUGGUAUUAAUUGCCAGUAAUUGUAGUGUGGGAACUACCACAGAACCUUAUUUCUUGUUUUGGUCUUUUAAAGAUUUGUUGUUGCUUUUUUUUUUUUUCUUUUUGUUGUGUGUCUGUAAACAGUUAUGGUUGUUCAAAUACUGUCUAAACUUUUUAUCUUUGCCGUAGAAAAGAUGAUGAGCCGUCUUUUGGCUUCCAGACCGUAGUUUACAUGCUAUGUCAAGACAUGGUCCAUCUUGAAACCAAAACAAAGGGAAAGAAGGUGGCAGUGUGGGAAGAGAGGCACAGAACAGGUUGGCUCCCUGUAGAAAAGCCACUGCAGUCAGGUUGGUUAGAGAAAUCAUGAAGCCCCCCGUGAAAGUGAAGCAGAGCUAACAGUGGCAUUGACAAGAAGAGCUCAAAGACAUAACUUUAUAGGGGUCUGUCUGACCCGAAGCUUAUAGCCAGGAUAACGUGAAUGUAGAAAACUACAUCAGAAACCCUGAGAAUGAAGAUAAGACUUUUAGCUGCUAACACUUGCCUGUUUAGUCCCCUUUUGCUCUCGUUUAGUUUGGGAAAAAUGAAAAGUGCCCUUAGGAUUUUUUUUCUGAUGCACAAAGCUUGAGAUUCAAAGUGUGCAUCCUUUGGCACACACCGGUCUUUCCUUCCAUGGGCAGAACUUUACUUUCUGUGUCUUUGUUUUGCACAAUAAGAAACUCAGUAGGCAAAGGUUGUGUUUUUGGUAAAUUCACUAGCUUUUUAAAAUUUUUAUUAAAGAAUAAUAAUUUAACCAAGGGGAAAAUAAAGAUUGUAUUUUGUACUCUUGUUUGAACCCCAUGGGUUCCUUUUGUUAAUAAAAUGGUUAUACUAAUGAUA